GCGCGCGCUGCGGACUACGCCGUGGUUGCCGGAAGUUGAGCGGCGUAGGCAACAAAUAAUGGCAGCAGCUCCGGGGGAUCCUGGGCUCUCCAAAUUGCAGUUUGCUCCCUUUAGCAGUGCCUUGGACGUUGGAUUCUGGCACGAGUUGACCCAGAGAAAGCUGAAUGAGUAUCGGCUGGAUGAAGCUCCCAAGGACAUUAAGGGCUAUUACUACAAUGGUGAUUCUGCUGGGCUGCCAGCUCGCUUAACGUUGGAGUUCAGUGCUUUUGACAUGAGUGCUCCCACCCCAGCCCACUGCUGCCCGGCUGUUGGAACGCUCUUUAACACCAACACACUUGAGGCUUUCAAGGCUGCAGAUAAGAAGCUACUUUUGGAGCAAGCAGCAGAUGAGAUAUGGGAAGCCAUAAAAUCAGGCGCUGCUCUCGAAAACCCUGUCCUCCUCAACAAGUUCCUCCUCUUGACCUUUGCAAAUGCCAGAGGGUUCAACAUGAGCAUCCCGAUGCCUGGACACCCGGUGAACUUUUCCAGCGUCACCCUGGAGCAAGCCCGCAGGGAUGUGGAGCAACUGGAGCAGCUCAUCGAAAGCCAUGAUGUCGUUUUCCUGUUGAUGGACACCAGGGAGAGCCGGUGGCUCCCUGCCGUCAUUGCCGCGAGCAAAAGAAAGCUGGUCAUCAAUGCUGCCUUGGGAUUUGACACGUUUGUUGUCAUGAGACAUGGCUUGAAGAAACCUAAGCAGCAGGGAGCUGGGGACUUGUGUUCUAGUCACCUUGUGGCACCUGCCGACCUCCUGGGCUCAUCACUUUUUGCCAACAUCCCUGGCUACAAACUUGGCUGCUAUUUCUGCAAUGAUGUGGUGGCCCCGGGAGAUUCAACCAGAGACCGGACCUUGGACCAGCAGUGCACUGUGAGCCGCCCAGGACUGGCCAUGAUUGCAGGAGCCCUGGCCGUGGAAUUGAUGGUUUCUGUUUUGCAGCAUCCAGAAGGGGGCUACGCCAUUGCCAGUAGCAGUGAUGACCGCAUGAAUGAGCCGCCAACCUCUCUCGGGCUUGUGCCUCACCAG